UUAGUGAACAAAAAUUAAAGUUUGAACAGAAAUUUCAAAACACUGCACAAAGUAUGGAAAAACGUAUUAAAAAAUUAGUCGAAACUGUAGAUAGUACGAGUAUUUCUUCCUGGAGUAAUUUUGUAAAAACUCUGUAUGCGGCUAUGUCAAAGGAAACUGACCAUUUGAAAGUUUAUUUAAAAGAAUCUUUAGUAAUUCUCGUAGAAAAUUGUGGUAACGAACAAAUGAAUAUUCGUUUAGAAACUGAAGAAAAUAUCAGCAAAAUUUUGCACUUGUGCAACGAGACAAGGUCGUUAUCUUUUGUGUCGUUUUUGACUUUGAAUAUUUUAAAGGAACGAUCUCUGAUGCAUAGAUCCGUAAAAAUGUGUAUUCAAUUGCUUUCAUAUUCUAUGGAUUCUAUCAAACCACAAAAGCAAAAAGACUUUGCUUUACAAGUAUUUUGCAUAGUGACACAAAAAUGUGAAAUUUUCAUCGAUUCAGUUUGCAUAGAAAGUUUUUCAGAAUUUUUCAAUUCGUACAUAAGAGUAUUUGGACGUUUUUUAAACGGCCAACAAGUUUUGCAAAUUUUGCAAACUUUUAAAAAAUAUAUUUAUUUUGAAACCUCAUUAAUCAGGCACUGCUUAUGUCAAUGUAUAGCGAAAUGCUUAGUUUGCUCUACGAACUAUAAAGGUAUUUUGCAGAAAGAAAUUUUAAAAUGGUUAGUUAUUUUCCAGACGUCUACAAAUGAAAAAGAACUCAUUGGAUUAGCAGAAAUUCUUAAAUACAAUAUAUAUGUGAUGGAAAACGAAUUUCUUGAACAACUUUUGAUUGAAUUAGAAUUGCACUUCGAGACCCUUUUGUUGCAUAAACAUAUUGGAGUUAUCAAUAUGGGCUUAGAGCUAUUGAUUGCUUUAUUUAAAUCUACAAAUAAUGAUUUUAAACGCAAAUUGCUUAAACACACAUUGUAUUUUAAAGAGAAUGAUAUAUUGUUAAUCGAUCAUAUUUUUAAAAUAUUGGGAUCUCAAUUUUUGUAUGAAGAUACAGACGGGAGUCCAAAAACGAAUGUUUUAGUGUCCAUUCAAAGUAAUGUUAUUGAGUUUUUUACUGUUUGUACAGAUUUUGAUAUCUCUCAGGUUACAAAAAAGGCCUUUCUUACAAAAAUACUAAUUGAAAUGUCUAAACAUAACGACUUUAUCAUACGAGAAAAAACAAUCGUAUUCCUUAGUAAAUUUAUCAACACAAACAUUGAAGAAAAACGACAAAUUAUCAUAACUUUAGCAUUAGCGUUUAAAGAUCCAGCACAUACUGUUGUGGCCUCUUUGAUUGCGCAAUUGAGUGAAUCAUUCAAUGAUUUAUUACUUCUACCCAUAAAUGAUCAAAUUUUUAUCAACAACGUGCCUUUUACUACAUUUUUGUUGGACAAGAUUCUUUCAUUCAAUCCACAGAGUCAUUGGUUAGUCAUUAUCAAAGUUUGUGAAUUUAAUGGUAAAAUAGAUUUUGGGAGACUUCGAGUUCAUUUGGGUUAUUCAAUGGCUAACUAUUAUAAAAAAUCUUGUUUUGUUCAGCUAUUAACCUUUUUAAGCUCAAAAGAUAUAAGAAUAGCAUUAAAAAGUGCAGAAAGCAUAAAGAACAGCCUUCGGUUUUCUGAUUCGGACACCCUGUUUCAUACUCAUAUUGCAGAAUUCGCAUCUAAAAGAUAUUAUUUUAACAAAAACCUUUUAUAUCAUAAAGAAUGGAAUAAUGUUGAAAACUUCGAAAGCAUUUGCAAUGAUUUAGUUGCUAUAGAGGAUAUCCGUCGAAAAAGGUGUAUUAAUGUAUUGGCCGAUUGCAUCUCUAAAAUUUCCCAUACAUUGCUUAUGGAGUAUACAUUUUUUGAAACAAUUUUAACAAUGAUGAUUGAGGAUUACAGUACAGCAAUUGACAUUAUUUGUCACUCAAAUUUAUUUACUAUUUUACAGCAUAUUCUUACAGGUCUUAAGGAUGAACAAAAACAUACACAAAACCUAGUCAUUAUAAAAUGUCAUAUAAUCAAUAUUAUACAAUUGUACUUACGAAUUUUUGAGACGGAGUUAACCGAUAUAUGUUUCGAUGCAAACGCAUCAAAUACAUCAAUGACUGUACUUAAAAACUCAACACCAAUUUAUGAAAGGUUGUACGAUGUUUUAAAAAGAAAAUAUGAGAAUAGUCGAUUAACUUUGGAGAAAAAAAAUAAUGAAGAGUUAUUUCAACUUCUGCAAAACGCAAUGAACACUUUAUCGACUUGCAUGCAUCUCUUUUCAAUUAGCCUUUUUGUAUCAACUGAAGAGUAUGCUGAACUUAUAAUGUCGUGCAAUAUUUUUUAUAAACAUGUUCCACAUACAUCAAUAAUGUUCUUAGUUCAAUUGAUAAACAAUAACAAUUCAAUAAGCUACAAAAAGAAUCUAUAUAAUUAUCUUAAUCUAGAUUCCGAAAAACAAGAUUGUGAUUGUUUUCACAAUGUUCAGAAAAGUUUAUCAAAAAUUGAGUCUAUAGUAAUAAACUUACAGCAUGGUCAAAAGCAACAUCUAGAAAAAGUGGUGGAGAAAUCUUUGAAACAAUUUGUAUCGAAAGCUAUAAUGGAAUACGAUCUGAAUGCAGAGCUACAAUGUGGAAUUUUAGAAUUGAUGUGCAUUCUUUUAUAUAGAAACUUUGAUUACAGUUUUCUUGAUCCUGAAAUGCUGCUUCUUACAAAAGUAUUAGUUCAAUUUGAUAUAUUGGAACAAUCAAUGCCAAGAAUAGCUGACAAAACAUUAAAAUCCGCAAUACGGUUUAUUUUAACAAUAUCAAUAAAAAAGAUAAGUACUGGCGUUACAUUAUCAAAAGUCAUGAAUUUGAUGGAUACUUCCUUAACUAAUACACACUCUUGUGCAACAACAAUAAUUUGUGAACUCUUAGUUUCAAUAUUUUGCAAUGAUUAUUUUUUGAAAAUUGAAAAUCAAGCAGAAAUAAACACAUUAAAAGAAGUCCUCCUUCACACAUUAUAUAAGUUUAAAUUGAACGUUGAGAUCAUGCAAACUCUUCCAUUAAUAAUAAACAAUGGACUUGGUAUACUUAUAGAAAUCAUUCGUAAAUACUUUUUUGGACAACUUAUUCAACAAGGAAUACAAGAAGCAAAAUAUUAUUAUUUUGCUUUACUGACAAUUGAUACAAUAAAUCAUUACUUCACAUUGCCAGAUUGCUGGAUUAAAUUAUCAAUAGAGCAAUUUAUGAAAACUGACUUAUACGACUUAGAGUGUCUACUAUACAAUGGCUGUUGGUUAUAUGUUAUGUUAACAUUAGACUUCAAUUUGCUUUUUAAAAAUAUACAACUAAAUGGUUACUUGUUGCAAGAUAUUGGAUGUAGGAUAACAAUCUUUUUUAUGCAAUUUUUCAAAAACUUUAACACGUUUUCAUUUGCGACGCAAGAUAUGUUUGAAUAUUUGAAACAUAUUCUGUUAAAACUUAAAGCCGCCAACUUUUGCAACUACUUGCGAAUCGAUUGCAAACUUCACCAAAAAUUUUCAACGAUAAAUUCAAGAGACAUUCAUCUAAAAAAACUACUCCAGAUAUUUUUUUCAUGUACUUUACAUGAGCAGGAAAUUAGUUUGGGUGUCACGCAAUUUAAGUUUUUAUUCUCCGAAAUAAUGCCUUUAAAUAUCAUCAAUUUUAUAUAUAAAAAUAUAUUAUCAAAGAAUUGUUAUAUUACUAUUCCCACAAAAAAUUUCAUUAAAAUUGGGAAAACAUCAAGAGAAAAAAAUAAGAACCACAUGAUAAAAUUAUUGCUUAGUGUCUCGAGAAAAAAUACAUUCCUUCUAUUGAGUAUUUACUUGCAUAAGCCAAUGUAUAGAAAAAAAAACAUGUUAUCGAUCAGUAAUCUACCAAACAUGACUGAAUGGGUUUCAUUGAUUUGUAGUAAGGAAAUCACAGCAAAAAAAUCAAAUUAUAUAUUGAGGUUCGAGCGGUUUGGAAAAAAAACGCCAUAUCACUUUCAACAUCCUCUCAAUACAAAAAAUCAUGGUAUUAUAAAAUGUGAAUGCUUGAACUCUAUUAUAGCCGGAGUCUAUUUACUGGAAAUGAAAUCAGAAAGAAAGGUUUUUGAUGUGUUAGAGUCUCAAGCAAUAGACUUUUUGUAUUUCUAUGAAUGGAUUCCAUUGUGUUUCAAAAAAAUGUAUUCUGACAUUCAUGAUUACCAUCAUAAAAAAAAUAAUUCCAAGUUAAAGUAUUUAUCCAUACCACCUCUAAUGAAAAUUUUAAUGACAAAAAUGUUCAAAAAUUUGAAGGAAUUUAAUUUGGAAAACUUUGAACUUGAUUGUAAAGACACGAUAUUUUUCAAAACUAUUUACAUUGUAUCAUGUUUUUGUAAACAUCUAUAUCUGUUUCAAUUGGACACUAUAGGAAAAAUUGAUUUGUGUAUGGUUGAAAAAAUUAUUAAUGAUGCGUUUUUAAAUAUGCUCGAAGCUGAAACAAUAGUUAAAAUUUUAUUUGUAGUUCUUGAAAACGAAAAUCUUAUGCUCGAUAUACAGGAAGUGUAUACAGAUUUUUUGAAAAAUAUUUUAAAAAUUAAUUUUAUAUGGUAUAAGUUGGAAAAGUAUAUUACCAUGGAUUCUGAAUUGUCAAAUAAAAUUUUCUUUACUCUAAGUGGCGAUCAACAACUUGAAGAUAUAAUGUUAAUGCAGAUAGAAUUUUUAAAAGAAAGCAAACAAUAUACAAAAAGGAAAAACUUUCGACAGUACUCCAACAUUGAAAUACUAAUCAAUUUUUUACGAAUGUCCCCAUUUAAAUGGAUAUAUAAAGUUGAGAAUUCAUCGUGUUCUAAAGAUACAACACAUUUAACAAUGCUGCUCGAGUACAAUUGUUUGGAUUUUUUUUUAAGACGAUUAAAUCUCUUUGGAUUUAAUAACAAGUACGCUUUUGAAGAGCUCUUUGCAACACUGCUGAUUUGUUUUAACAUGAAUAUUGAUGAAGACUCACAAACUUUAGCUGAGAAAUUUCGCUUUAAGAAGGCUAUUCUUGAAGCGAUGUGUAAUUUAAUAAUUCUAUGUUACCGACAGCCUUUUAUUGGUAAAACAGACCAGGUUUGUCUGCAUUACACACGCAUCCCAACAUUAUAUGUUGGUACAAUAUGGUUAAAAAAGCUGCACCGAAUUUAUUGUAAUUCUAAUGAUGAACGUAGAGUCAGAAAUAUAUUUAAUUUUCCUAAUUUAGAAAGAAGCUACAAAGAAAGACAGUACUACACGUUUAAAUUUGGAAAAAAUCAAGGAAUUACAUGUCAAAGUGUCAAUCCUCAUUUAACCGAAAUGAAAUUUGAUGUUGAUAGCUCCAUUUUAUUAAUGAUAGAGCUACUGUUGGACCAGAUGUCAAAUGGAAAUUACAUGGAAGUAUUGCCUAGUUUGAGUUCAAUAAUGGAGUUCAAUGUCACCAAAGAUAGAUUUGAUCACUUAAUUUGUCAUAUAAAUUCUAUUAAAGAUGUUGUUUCAAUACAUGACACAUUGUCUUAUCAGCAUAUUGUAUUUUGUUUAUUAAAAUGUUUAUCUUUCGGAGAUGUUAGGGAAAUUAUGCAAUCAUCGAAUAUAUGGUCAGUUGUUAACACUUGUUUGAAAAACAAGCAAAUGUUCUUAAAAGUUUCUACAAUGCAUGGCUUACUGGCAAUUUCACAUUCAUUUUUUGUUUCUGAAACCAUUACCAAAGAUGACAAACAUUUAUUUUGUACUUCACUUUUAUCUUGUUUGAACAACGUCUUUAGCUAUAGUGAGGUAUAUGAUCGUUUAUUAUGUAGUCUAAAAGCGAUCUUAUCGUACCAUGACAAUUCAACCGAAAUAAUGAAUCGGUACCUAGAAACAAAUAUGAAAAAUGAAGCACGCGUUGAGUUAAUUUGUUGCGUUUUACAAAGUUUUGAAAAUUUAAUAGUUCGACAAAUUAUCGAAGAAAAAACUCUACCCAAACUAUUAGACGUUCUAUUGACACUUUCAAAGGAGGAUAAUUAUGUUAUCAGUCUUACGGCUUUACAGACAUUGGUCACAAUAGCUUAUUCUAGAUCAUCGGAAAGUUUAAAACAAACAGAGGAAGCAAAUGGUGUGGUACAAACGGAUAUUCAAUCCAAUGGAUUGGUCCUUGAAAUAAUCCAUCAGCUGCUGUUUAUAUUAAGAGUUUGUCCCGCUAAAGAUGUAGAAGUAAUCGGAGUAUCUUUAUAUCAUCUUGUAACUGAUUUAAGUCGACCUAAUGAUAUCCUAUCGCUGAUAAUUAAAGAAUUCUUAGAUAUUUAUAAUCCAUAUCCAUUUCUCAUUGCAAAAGUAGUUUUUGGUGUGUUCAAAUCAGCAAUUGAUGCAAAUUUGUUCAUAUUUUUGCAAGAUUGUAUAAUAUCGGUACUUCCUAAUAUUUUGUCCAUAAAUAACAAUAACGAGAGAGUUUUCCGUUUAACUGUACUUUUUUCUUCCAUAUGCUUAGAUGACAAUAAUAAUUGCCUCUAA